AUGCCGCCAAAAAAGAAACGUGUGGCUUCUGAGACCGCAGGAGCGGGCUCGUCCAAGAAACGAGCUGGUAAAAAACCCGUCCAUGAAGAGAUCGAGAGUUCCUCACAUCUUUCAGAACCAGCCCCAGGGAGUGAUGAGCACGAAGCGCCAGAAGAGAACCCUCAAUUCGACAAUGAACCCGAUGAAGGCUUGCAGGUGAUCGUCUUGGGCUCCUCGGGAGGUCCUUUUGAGGAUCGAACCUCUAGCUUUCUGGUCCGGUCCCUGUCCACCAAUUGGCGCGAGAAAUCCAUGAUUGCCAUCGACGCGGGUUCCCUGCUUGCUGGAAUAUUGCACGUUCUGGAAACGUCAGUAAAGGGUGGGCCAGGGCCUUUCGCGGACCUACCAAUGGACGAGAUACAGACCAACAUCGGACGUGCAUUACACAUCUUCCGGAAUAUUAUCGGAUCGAUUUGUAUCACCCACCCUCAUAUGGAUCACAUUGCCGGCCUCGUAAUCAACACCCAGGCCCUCCAGAAUACAAGUAGCCCGAAAACCGUCGCCUGCUUGCAGAGUGUGAUCGAUGCACUCAAGCAAUAUGUGUUCAACGGGGUUCUGUGGCCCAACCUCACCGAUGACCAGGGAGCAGGUCUCAUCACUUUCCACACUUUGAUCGAAGGGGGGAACCCAAUGCUGGGAUCAGAAGACCAGAUUGGUUACGAUGAGCUGUGCGAGAAGUUGUUGAUCAAGUGCUAUAAGGUCACCCAUGGAGAAUGCGCGCAAACAUAUGACUCAAUGGAGAGACGGUGGCGCCGAAGAAGCAGCGUGUGCCCCCACCAUGCUCAUCAGCAACCAGAUCCAGCGUAA